ACCACACUCCGGAAGUGUUUUGUGGCGGCGUGAACAACAUUACCGGUUUUCCAGUCGUCCAUAAAGUAAACUUGGUUAAAUAUAUAUAUUUUAAAAAAAGACGAUGCCUGCGGUUUGGUGUUUAUGUCCCGGUCUGCUAAAGUCUCACAACUCGUUAGAAGUGAGCUGCUAGUUUAUAACCGUAGUGAAGGAGCUCCAGAAAUGGACUGCGUUGUGACGGGUGGAAACGUCAAAGUGUUCGCCAAAGCCAUUCACUCCUUGUCCAGAAUCGGCGAUGAGCUCUACGUGGAGCCUCAGGAAAAUGGGCUAGCACUGCGGUCUGUCAACUCCUCCCGGUCGGCGUAUGCGUGCUUCCUGUUUGCGCCACUCUUCUUCAGCAGGUACACGAUACCCAUUGGGAAUGUCUUCCGCUGCAAAAUGGCAAUAAAGAGUGUGCAGGCAGUCUUCAGGUCUCUAGCGUCUUUGGAGAAGACGGUAGAAAAGUGUCAUAUUGAGCUGGACGAGCAAAAGGACCGCCUCACCUUUACGCUGCACUGCAAACACGGCCUCUUGAAGACGCACAACCUGUCUUUCCAGGACAGCGAAAGCCUACAGGCCGUGUUUGAUAAGGACAGCUGUGCCAACAUAUUUCGAGCCAAUCCCAGACUGCUCGUGGACGCUGUGGUGCAUUUCCCUCCCUCUCUGGAGGAAGUGACGCUGUCAGUCAACAACGAAAGGGUGUGGCUCAGGAACUACAUGGAUGAAGAGCAGUCCAAGGCCAUGCUGACGGAACUGUGUCUGGUCUCGGAGGAGUUUGAUCAUUUUGCCAUCCAAACGCACAACAGCAUCACCUUCUGCCUUAAGGAACUACGGGGCUUGCUGCUUUUUGCCGAGUCGACGGGUCUCCCCGUUUCUGUGUACUUUGACGAAGCGGGCAGCAUUCUGGAGGGGAACUUUGUGCUGGCCACGCUUUCAGACGAUGCUAGAACCACCACGAGAAGAGAGCGCACUCCCCCGCCGCCCCCUCCUCCCGAUGACUUCAUGAAUGACGACAUGGACUCCUACCUCAUCGCCAUGGAUACCAGCAUUGCACCCGGUCCAGCUCAAACCGAUCCCGCCACUUCAAGACCGCACAAGGGAGCCAAUCACAGGUCAAGACUGCACAGUGAGGAGCAAGAGGAGACGGCAGGAGGAGAUGUACCGCCCAAUAAGAAGUUCUGCUCCUUGUUCUUCGGAUCAGUGCUGCCUACAUCUUCACAGACCACCAACCAGGAAGUGCUGGCCAGUGAUAGUGAGGACGACGAGAAGCUUUAGACCAAGUGUUACUUUCAGUGGUAAAGCCUAAAUUUCCUUUUUUAGUUUAGAGACAAUAAUGCUAAUAAUGCUAACAGCAACCAGCAUGCAUGUGUGUAAAAUAUAUAUUUUUUUAUUAUUAUUAUUAUUACUAUUAUUAUUGUACGACAGUGUGACCUUUGGGGAUCAUGUUGAAGAGAAGCAAAGCACUUGAGUUUUUUUGAGGAGCUUUGAAUAAACCCAGAUUUUCCAAGAAAAGGGAAUGUUUUAAAAGUAAGACUCGGAAUAGGAAAAAGAACUUUUCAUUGUUUCUCUUUGGACCUGAAAGCUUUUACCCCUCGUCUGGGGUUUCCUCCUCUCUCUCUUCUUCUUGGUCUCUUUCUCUCUUCUCUUCCUCUCCUCUUCAUCUCUUCUCUCCUGCUCCUGUGGCUGCCACAACCACCACCUCCUCCUCUCUGGUCUCCUCUGCUCCUCCUCCAUUGGCUCCUCACUGAAGUCCUGGAUCAAGAUCGUAGGGACUUGUAUUCUGGUGGCCACCACAUUUUUGGCUUGCCCGUGGAAGAGACUAAAAUGUUUAGCCGGUUCAGCGUGAGGAGCGGCCGGUUUCGGAGAGUCUGCGGGGGCUUGACUGGGGUC